UUUUGCUUCGCACUUCACCUCUCUCUCCCUCCUUCCUAUUUAUUGCUUCUACUCCUUCGAUUCCUCCCUCCCCCUUCCUCUCUCCCUCUCUCUCUCUCGCUCUCUCUCUCUCUCGACUGCGGUAGAACCAAUGGAGCGAAAACCGGUAGACCAUCUCCCGCCUUACUCCGGAGGCGGCAUGAAGCAUAGCGCGUCGGAGUUGGCUCUCCAGGAUUACAUAAAGAGGAUGAUGAGCGGCCCCGAGGUGAUCGGAACCGAAACCCGAGACGGCGACGUCAAGGAUGUGAAAACCGCCGAGGUUCGGGACCACCGAGACAGAGAUUCCUUCCCCGAUGAGUUCGAUGGCUUUUACAGUGAUUUUAGCUUCAGUGAUCUCAACAGCUUCGAUUUCAAAAAUCGGGACAUAUUAAGUACUUUCUUUUCAAGUACUUGUAGUGGACUACCAGAAACCCUUCUUGGUUCUCAACAUCUGGCUUUGAAACAAUCCAGCAUUUCAGUAACAAUGGAUUCCCAGUCAUCAAUGUGUGUCAGCAGUCCAAUGUCGGCUAAUAAUCCAAAAGACACAGAUAAUCAAGCAAGGGGAGCUACCAGUGGUUCCUCGCAUGAGCCAUCUGAUGAUGAGGAUAUUGAGCUAGAAGCUGGUUCAUGUGAGCAGAGCACAGACCCUAGUAGUUUGAAGCGCGUUAGAAGGAUGAUUUCCAAUCGGGAGUCUGCCAGGCGAUCUAGAAGAAGAAAACAAGCACAGCUGCAAGAUCUCGAGCUCCAGGUUGAACAACUGAGAGGAGAAAAUGGGACUCUCUGCAAGCAGCUUACAGAUGCUACACAGCAGUAUCGUGUUGCUGAUACAGAUAAUCGAGUCCUGAAAUCAGAUGUGGAAGCUUUGAGAGCCAAGGUGAAGUUGGCUGAAGAUAUGGUUACUCGAGGCUCCUUGACCAGCAAUCUGUAUCAACUUCUUCAAAGUCAUUUAGGAACACCGCAAUUGCUUAAUACACAAAAUCUGCGGCGGGUUCCAAAUGUUUCCCCAACCAUCAAUGUACCAGGAGAUGAUCAUGCCUCAUCAUAUGCAGGAAUAACAGUUUCUGGGCAGAACUCAGGCAUUAUUGGACUUCGACACCCCAAUAUUAAUAAUAGAAAUGUUAAAAGUACUGGAGUCAUGAGUGAUGUUGUGAUCAAUGACGAUGCAAAUGUGCAAUUUUAAGCUUCUCUUUAUGAUUUUUAUCAAU